AUGUCAUCCUCUGUUCACUUCAAGUUCAAGUCUCAAAGAGAACCUUCAAGGGUCACUUUUGAUGGCACCGGUAUCUCUGUCUUCGAGUUGAAGCGAGAAAUCAUCAAUCAAAGUAGACUGGGUGACGGGUCUGAUUUUGAGCUAUCCAUUUAUAACGAAGGUACUGGUGAAGAAUAUGAUGAUGACACCAGUGUUAUACCGCGCUCUACCUCUGUUAUUGCUCGAAGGCUCCCGGCCACACGACCGGGGAAAGGAGGUGCAGCCCGAUAUGUAUCUGGGAAGAUGCCAAUGAAUGCUCGCAAUGUUCCCCGUAACGACCAGUCCACGGCGAGCAGAUCAGUUCCAAGUUCUAACCAACCAGUCAGCAAUGGUGUCCAAGAACUGAAUAAUGCUCAAACAGAGGAGGAAAAGAUUAACGCACUUUUUAAUUUACAAGCGAACCAAUGGCGAGAGCAGCAGCAAGAGAUGGCGAAUGCUACCCCUAUUCCGUUUGGUCGCGGUAGAGGCAAGCCUGUAAACAUUCCAGACCACCCUCCACCACCUGGCUACCUGUGUUACCGUUGUCGUGAAAAAGGACAUUGGAUUCAAGCAUGUCCCACGAAUAAUGACCCAAAGUUUGACGGCAAAUACAGAGUGAAGCGAUCAACAGGAAUACCUAGAUCUUUACAGACCAAGAUUGAGAAGCCGGAGUCUCUCAUCCUUGAUGGUUCCACUGAAGAAUUGCGAAACACAGGCGUUAUGGUUAACGCUGAUGGCGACUUUAUCGUUACUAAACCAGACCAAGCGUCGUGGGAAUUAUAUCAAGAGAAGGUUAAAGCGACCGCAGCGGCUGCAGCUGAAGCGGCGGCCGUCGAACAUAGCAAGGAGCUACAGGCCCGUGGGUUAGAAUGCCCAAUUGACAAGCGGAUGUUCCUAGAUCCCACACAAACACCCUGCUGUCAAAAGACUUACUGCAAUGAUUGUAUUACAAAUGCAUUGAUUGAGAGUGAUUUUGUAUGUCCUGGCUGUGCUACAGAGGGUGUUUUGCUCGAUAAUCUUUCUGCGAAUGAUGAAGUUCUUUCGAAGAUAAAAGCCUACGAGGCUGAGAAAGCAGAUUCUAAGAAAGAAAAGGAGAAGCAGCCAGCACUGCCGGAGGAUCGCCUCGAUAACAACAUGCCCGAUUCCAAUAGCGCCUCUACUGAGAACAGAGACGGAGUGCACUCGGUCCCUGCCAACCCUAAAAAAAGGCCCGCUGAGAAUAUCACUGUCAAAGAAGGAGUCGAGGACCCAAAUUUAGUUUCUUCGUUAAAGAAACAAAAAUCCGAUGAUGAUACAUCCUCCACCGAAACAGCCCAGUUGAAAGAUACGCCCGCAGGGUUACAACCACUGCCCUUCAACCAGAUUCCUUUUGGAAUGCCUGGAUUCAUGACGGCCCCAGGAUCAUCAGGAAUCUCUUUCCCCGAAGCUGGUUUUGUUGGUGAUGGAAUGGGGUUCACAAAUCCUAUGGGGCUGCCUGGAAAUGGCUUUGCGCCCAGUAUGGAUCCUACCUGGAAUCAGAUGAAUAUGAUGAAUUUUAAUCCGCUCUCAAACGGAAUGUAUAAUGAUCGUGCCGAUGGGACGGUUUCUAAUGGCUAUGGGGCUUCCGGUGGUUACAGCAGCGCAGGCGAGCCGCCGUCUCUAAAUAUGUUUGCGAUGCCUCAGAUGCCUGUGUCGAUGACACAAAAUACUGGAUUUGGGCAAGGGCUGGGUCCAAGUAAUUUUUCGAACCAGCAGCGGACGGCGUUCAGCACGCCAUUCGGCAGGGAGGAAGAUUCCCCCUAUUUUCGCCAACCCGUGAAUCCCCAACGGCAUCAAUCUAGAAACCGGAGGGUAAGACCAAGCGAUUACCGUGAGCUUUGA